AUGACUUCUCAAUCAUCGCAAGGCGAUGCCUCUGCCGCUUCGGACAAACCUCGCAUCGCAAGUUCAGAUGAUGGAGUAGGCUUCUGGCAUCCGUCCAUUCGUCCACUGGUCAAAGCCUACCUGAUCGGUCUGAUGCGCGUGACCAUCAUGAUCAGCGUGGUGAUCUGGACACUGGUAGCCUUGUACUGGGCAAGCUUGUAUCGAGAAGUGGAAUCCACACCCAACAUCGACGCUGCCAUCAUCGAUAGGGACGGAGGCUUGAUCGGGUCCACCAUCACUCAGCAGCUCUUGGCCAUCAACGCAUCGCCUGCUCCUAGACUCACAUGGAGAAGCGUCUCACCUUCCGCCUAUCCCACUUCGGCAGAUGUGGAAAAAGCAGUGGCGAUAGAUUUCGAUACUUGGCUCAUCAUCGAGAUCGCUCAAGGUGCCACAACUCGACUGGAAGCUGCACGAGCAGCGGGAGAUGCAUCUUGGAAUCCCAAUUCCGUCGUCACCUUGACCUACGCAGAGGCUCGUAAUCAAGUAGGCUUCGGUCUGAUCAUGACGCUCGCCCGAUCUUCUCUUCAGCCCGUCUUGGCAAACAUCAACACGCAGCUCGCUGCUCGAUAUCUGACGUCUUUGGGGGCAAAUUCCGCAGCUGCAAUCACUGCUCUUUCCAAUGCGCCCUCUACCAUUGCCAAUCCGGUAGCGAUGACGACGAACAAUGUCAGACCUUACUCUCAACCAGUAGCGACAGCCGCAACUUUUGUCGGUCUCAUCUAUCUCUGCAUCCUCGCCUUCAACGUCGUUAUGGCCGGCUUCGGCAUGCGAGCAGGCAUGGGAUUGAACAGGAAGUUGAAUUUGCGUUCCCUCAUCCUAGCCCGCAUCUUGCUUCCCGCCAUUUCCUACAUCUUCCUCUCCCUCAUGUUCUCCUUGCUCGAAAUCGCCUUUGAACUCGAUUUCAAAGCGAUGGGCUACACUUAUGGAGCUGGUUUCAUGGUCUGGUUCUGCUUCACCUAUACCGGUAUGCUACUUCUCGGACUCAUGACCGAGGCUUUCUUGUCCCUCGUCGGCGCUCCCUUCAUAGGCUUCUGCCUGAUCCUCAUCAUCAUCGUCAACGUUGCCGUAUCCAAUCUUCCCAUCGAGCUUCAAGUGAGUCUCUGUUCGAUAUCUGCCUCUAUAUUCUUCUUCUCCCCCCUCCUCAAAGCCCUCUCUCUCAAACACUCCGCUCACCGCUCUUGUCCGCGCUUGCUUUCCUUGCCCCUGCAGAACGAGUUUUUCAAGUACGGCUACGCGAUGCCCUUCUACAACCUCAAGCAGAGCUACUUGACCAUCGUGUUCAACGUUGGCAAACGUUCCGACCUCUUCAAAUACGCCGGUAUUCUCUGGGUCUGGAUCAUCGUCGUCAUCUUCACCUUUCCAAUCUGGAUCUGGUUGGAGAGAAAGAGGGAGAUCAAGGCUGCUAGUGCUCCUCCUCGUGGACCUCCUCCUUCUGCACAAAAACCAGUGACGGAUGAAGAGGCUCAGAAGGACGAGCAGUAG